AUGCAAGGAAAUUUUCAAGCAAACCUUCUAGUUGAUUUUGCCUAUCGUCCAGCACUAGCAUUGCAAGCGGGUAUUUUUACUGUUGAUUUAGGAACCGAUGCCUAUAUUAUAUUCGAAUCUGUAUGGCGUUAUCCACCCUUUGCUGCACUUUCGACAUUAAAUUUUGAUUGGAAUACGCAAAAGAUUGCUCCCUUUCAUAUUUCUCUUCCAUCGAAUUCAUGUCUUACAACUCAUUUUAUUCAUUAUCAUACAAUGUGUGGUAUUCGUAAUACUCAAAUCUCUAUUGGAUUCGAUCAACUUAGUGAUCUUGUCAAUAUUUUCACCGAUUUUGACUUAUCAUUAUCGACAAGAUCCUUUUUUGAUCUUGGACCAUACGAAUUAUCUUCAGGUUGCAUGUAUCAAGCCAAUCUGAAUGCGGAUACAUAUCAAACAGUGUAUUUGAUACUCAAUAGACAAUUUACUCCAAUAAAUGACACAUCUGAUACAUAUUUGUCACGGGCAGUAGUUAAUGAUUUAGCCUAUGCUCUUGCCGUAUCACAAAUACGUUUUUACUAUAAUAAUACAUUCAGCGUAGAGCAAAACCGGAUGACAGGCAUUGCAGUCGUAUUUUUACCAUCGACUUCUGUGUCCACCAGCGAUCCUACCGUGAUGAUCAUGGUACAAUGGUUUCGAGAUCAAGCAAUCAAUUUUAAAUCACUUCUCUAUUCUGGUUUAGUGACAAGUCUACUAAAUAUUACACAAACAUUCAGUAUCAAUGGCUUCGACUCAUCGAAACUAUAA